AUGAACACUUAAAAGGCUCAGCCUCGAUUAUAUUCUAGUAAAGAAUCGAUUUUAGCACUCAAAGCUCAUUUAUCAGCCAAAUAAGCAAAAUUACCAAAAAAUCCCACGAUAGAGGAUUAUAUCACAUAUAUCAAAAAAUUAUCUAAUCGACUAAAAUAAGGUCCAUUGGAUUUUUGGAUUCCUAAUGUUUUUCGACGUGUAAUAUAAGUGAUAAGGUUGAUGAGUUCUGAAGAUGGAUUCCUUCCUAAUAAAGAUAAAGAAAAGAAUUUUAAAGCAUUAGGUCUUACUAUAUAAAGACAAUCAAGUAGAUCUAAAACAACAAUUGAAACUGGCCCUGAAACAGGUUCAAAUGCAAAUUAAUAAUAUAUAAUUCUACCUGCGAUCGAAUAAGUCUUGGAAGAAUUGGAGGCUCAUUCAGAUGAUAUAAACACAUUUGCAUCAACACAUUUUUUCACAAAUGAAGUGCUAUUGGUUUAUGAAUACUCAACAACAGUGUUAAAUUUCUUGCUGUCAGCCAAAAAGACUAGAAACUUUGAGAUUAUAGUUUUAGAAAGUGAAACAGAAAACUUAGGAAAAUAAUUUGCUACUGAUUUGGGCAAGCAUUAAUUAAACGUCACUUUAACACCUUUUACUAAUGCUUACGCUAUUAUGCAAAGAGUAAAUAAAAUCUUGUUGGGAGUAGAUGCAAUUCUUAAGAAUGGAGGUCUUUUGAUGCAUCCAGGAACUUACGCCAUUUGUGUAUUAGCUAAACAAUUUGCUGUUCCAGUGAUUGUACUAUCUGGAGCACAUAAAUUGACUCCAAAAUAUGCCUUUGAUCAGACAACUUUUAAUUAACUUGUAUCACCCUUGAAAAUUAAUCCAAAUUCAACUAUAGACUAGAUGAGCAUUGGAAUAACAUUUGACUAUGUACCUCCUGAAUAUAUAAGCCUAUAUAUCACUAAUUAGGGUUAAUAUACUCCAUAGAGUAUUUAUUAAUUGUUCAGCGACUUUUAUAAUGUCAAAGAUGAAGACAUUUGAAUUUGUGAAUUAUUAUUUAUUAUAUUCAAAUAGAAUUAGUAAUUCAAUUUUUGGAA